AUGGUGAUGUGGGUGUUCGGCUACGGCUCCCUGGUGUGGAACCCCGGGUUCGCCUACGACGCCCGCCUCGUCGGCUUCGUCAGGGACUACCGCCGCGUCUUCUACCAGGGGAGCACGGACCACAGGGGCACGCCGGAGUUCCCCGGCAGGACCGUCACGCUGGAACACCAGCCCGGGUCCACAUGCGUACGCCGCCCAACUCUCUGCUCUCAGAUUAGGAUAAACCCCUCCUGUGAUGUUCAGAUAUCAGUUCUUUUUCAGUUCCUCGCUGUCAGUGAAUUACUUUUGAUUGUAUAG